UACCGAGGACACCGGACCGGCGGCGCGUGGGGCCGUUACCGGGGACACCGGACCGGCGGCGCGUGGGGCCGUUACCGGGGACCGACGACACCGGACCGGCGGCGGGAUGUCGCGGCUGAUCGUCAAGAAUCUCCCGAACGGGAUGAAAGAAGAACGUUUUAAAUCUCUCUUUGGUGCCUUUGGAACAUUAACAGACUGUAUAUUAAAAUUCACAAAAGAUGGAAAGUUUAGAAAAUUUGGAUUUGUUGGCUUCAAAACAGAAGAGGAAGCACAAGCUGCUUUAAAACAUUUCAAUAAGACCUACAUCGAUACUUCCAAGAUUAUAGUGGAGUUCUGUAAAUCGUUUGGGGACCCUGGAUUGCCCAGACCAUGGAGUAAGCACUCACAAAAAAAUUCAACUGAGGAAAAUCCAAAAAUGCCAAAAGAGCAACAAGGUCAAACUAAGGAAAAGGAUAAAGAAAAGAAACUUGCCAUUGAAGAGCUAGAAUAUCUGAAGAAAGAUAGCAAGUUUGAAGAAUUUCUUGCUGUACAUAAGAAACGUAGCAAAGCACCAACCUGGUCUAAUGACAGUUUAUCAGGAAAGAAGGAAGAUGCAAAGAAGGUAGAUGAUUAUCUGAACUUUGAUUCAGAUGAUUCUGAAGAAGUGAGUGAGACGGAAGAUACCAAGGGAACAAAAGGGGCACAAAAGCAAACAGAAGAAAAGCUUGCAUUGGAGAAAACAGUAUCGGAUAUGGAUUACUUAAGAUCAAAAGUAGUUAAAAAAGCAGAAGAGAAUUCUGAAGUUGUUGAUGAAGGAUCUGAAACUGAUGAAGAAAUUAAGUUAUCCUCUGAAGGAAAUACAUUAUUACACAAAAUUGGUGAGGAAAAAGAGCAAGGUGGAAAACUAGAGAAACUAGGACCAGAAUGGAGGAAGAAAAAAGAACUGGAGAAAAGAACCCAUAAGAAUGAAGCUACCACAUCCUAUACUUUGAAGCUCCGAGGUGCCUGCUUUAACGUAAAAGAGAAACAAGUAAGAGAAUUCUUUGUUCCUUUGAAACCUGUAGCCAUUCGAAUAAUCAAAAAUGCAAGUGGCAGCACUACAGGGUAUGUAUAUGUAGAUUUCCAAUCAGAAGAUGAUGUUGAAAAGGCUUUGAAGAGAAAUAGAGAGUAUAUGGGUAGAAGAUACAUUGAACUUUUUAGAGUGCAUAAUGCAGAAAAACUAAACCAGUUUAAGAAAGAUGACAAUCAAAAAUGGCUGAAAAAACAAAAGAAAGCAAAUGAGGUGGAAGAGGAUAUCUCUGAUUCAGGAAGAUUGUUUGUUCGAAACUUACCGUAUACCUGUACAGAAGAAGACUUAGAAAAAGUUUUUUCUAAAUAUGGUCCAUUAUCAGAAAUUCACUUUCCUAUAGACAGUCUAACCAAGAAACCAAAGGGAUUUGCUUUCAUUACUUUUAUGAUACCCGAACAUGCUGUGCGGGCCCUUGCUGAAUUAGAUGGUGGUGUAUUUCAGGGCAGGAUGAUGCAUAUUUUGCCAUCAACGAUAAGAGAGGAGAAAGAUGAAAAUGAUGAUACUACCUCAGGUUCUUCUGCAUUCAAGAGAAGUAAAGCAGCUCAAGAAAAGGCCAAGAGUAACAGCUCACACAACUGGAACACCUUAUUUAUUGGAGGUAAUGCUGUUGCUGAUGCAAUAGCAGCAAAAUAUAAUGCCACCAAAAGCCAAGUGCUGGAUCAUGAAGGAAAAGGCAGUGUUGCAGUCCGCAUGGCACUGGGUGAGACGCAGAUUGUACAGGAGACCAGACAAUUCUUGGUUGAUAAUGGAGUUAGCUUGGACUCAUUCAGUCAGGCUGCUGGACCAAGAAGUAAAACAAUUAUCCUUGUAAAGAAUAUUCCUGCAGGCACCCAAAUUCAUGAAUUGGAGAAUCUAUUUAAGGUAUAUGGAGACCUUGGACGGGUUUUGCUUCCGCCAGCUGGAGUAACCGCUAUUGUGGAAUUCCUAGAGCCAACAGAGGCUAAAAAGGCUUUUACAAAACUUGCAUAUUCCAAGUUCCAACAUGUUCCACUUUACCUGGAGUGGGCCCCAAUGGAUGUGUUCUGUACUCCAGUUGCAGAAAAGAAGCAGAGCAAUAAAGAAGAUCAAGAUGACCUAGCAAUAAAUGAAGAUGAUUCAAUGAUUCAAGAGGAAGAAAAUGAAAGUAUUCCAGGAUGCACUUUAUUUGUCAAAAAUCUAAAUUUUUCAACAACUGAAGAAAGUUUGAGGAAGGUGUUUAGCAAAUGUGGAUCAUUAAAAAGUUGCAGUAUUUCAAAGAAGAAGAGCAGGACGGGUUCUCUUCAGUCAAUGGGAUAUGGCUUUGUGGAAUAUGCAAAACCAGAUUAUGCCAAUAAAGCUCUAAAACUGCUGCAGCAUACUAUGUUGGAUGAUCACCAACUGGAGUUGAAGAUAUCAGACAGAGCUACGAAGUCUGUGACUCCAGCAAGAAAACUCCAAAAAGAAAAGGAUCAGAAGGUCUCCAAAAUUCUGAUUCGAAAUAUUCCUUUCCAGGCUAAAGUAAAAGAAAUACGGGAGCUUUUCAGUACUUUUGGGGAAAUAAAAAGUGUGCGAUUGCCUAAGAAAAUGGGAGGAACUGGCCUACACAGGGGCUUUGGAUUUGUUGAGUUUCUCACUAAACAAGAAGCAAAGAAAGCCUUCAGUGCCCUUUGCCAUAGUACUCACUUGUAUGGUCGACGUUUAGUACUGGAAUGGGCUGACUCUGAAGAUACAUUGGAGACAUUACGCAAGAAAACAGCUGAGCAUUACUAUGAUUCUCCAAAUAAGAAGAAACGGGUAGAAAUCCUGGAUGAAAUUAUGGAUGAUAUGGAAGAAGAAGACUAGUCACUGUUUAUCCUUUUGAAAAGGUGUCCCAUGAAGUGGUUUCAUAUGUACUGUGUAAGAUACACAACCAUCAAAAACUUGAGAGGAGCAUCAACAAAGAAAAGCACCAACAAGCACAAGUUUGAAAAAAAAAACACAUUGGACCCAUCAGCAAGUUGGAAGAAGUCAAAUGGCCAUCUGUUUUUAUCUGAAAUAUUCUUUGGCUGUAUUUUGAGAAACUCUUAACUGCAAACAGCGCAGCCUGCACAAACUCUGAUGGAUAUCAGUGACUGUUUGCGGUCUGGUCAUAAAUCAUAAUGCAUGAAUGGCACACUCUACAACCUAUUGAGCAACGUUUGUGAAAAGUAGCGGCAGUGUAAUCGAUUUUUGAACUCCCAUCUCAAACACAUGAUGAAAAACCGUUGUGCCAACUGGUUAUGUAUUCAUGGAAUACUAAAUAAACUUUAUGAGGUAAUUUGAAGCCUGACACAUAGUGACUGGAAGAUGAAAACUAAUAGCAGAAGAAAUCUACCAUGCGCAUGAAUAUCGUGCAGUUGUAUUGAUCCUGCUAUUGGAGAGAGAGAAUAGUGCAACAUCUGUACAUCAGUCAUAAGCCUGAGAAUGUGGAUAGUCAGUGGUUUAUUGUUGAUUUUCAAAAUUAAUAGCGAAGAAUUUCACUGAAUUUCUAUUUUUGUAUGCUUUUAAGUUGCCAGUGGGAAAAUGUUCCCAAUGAUCCAUUGCUAUUGUUAUUCUUUAGUAUAUAAAAUACUGUACAGUUUUUGAAAUUUUCAUAACUAUUUUUGUCUUAAAAUUAAGCUCAGCUUCUUCAUAAAAUUCAGUAAAAGGUUAACAAUUUAUAACAUUGGUGUCUUGAGCUUUGAAGUAAAAUAUUUGCCACAUCAAACAUUUAAAUAGAACAGCAAGCUGAGUGUAGGUAGUCCCAAACCUUACAUGCAAUACAGAAUGGAAGAAUCCAAUACAAUGAUGAGUUUAUAAUCGCAAACCUAACAUGAAUGUUGAAAAUUUCAAAUGGAUUGUCCCACCUUUUGAAGGAGUAUUUACUUGAUGUUUGAGCAAAUCUAAUUUUUUUAAAAAAUAGUAGUUUCAUAGUUUGUAGUACAGCAGGUGUUAAAAAGCAGUUACAUCCAUUUACAUUCAUAAUGGGUGCUGGGUCUGAGCUGAAGGUUGAAGUAUGUAUUUCUUUAUUAUGUAUGUGAAUGUACAUAUUCACAUAAAACAAUGCAUUCAGAACCUUUUAAUGUUACAGGGUUCAGCACUUUUGGCUUUAAAGCACAACUGAAUGCGAGCUUAAAAUUAAGAUAAGUAAUUUGCCUCGUGUUUAUUAUGUGGCAUUUCAAGUGUUUCAUGCCUCUGUUUUUAUUACAUUUACGUUGCUGUCCCUGGGCUGCUCCACUUAUGGUUCUUUAAUCUCAUGUUGGAAAAUUUUUAUCAUUUGGGAAACUAACAUUGAAAUGAUGCACAACAUUUUUACAAGAAAAUUCAAGGUGUGAAUUUAGAACAUUGAACUUUUUAAACAACAUUUAAUGGGAUUCCAUAACUACAAAAUUCACAAGUACACUUUCAUUUUCCUAAGAUAAAAUUUACAACAAAGUGAAGUCAGUUUAGUUUUGACACAGAUAUGUUUCUUGAAUCAUUGACAUUUUGACCUUAUUAUUGCAGUACUAUUUUAAGUAGCACACUUGUGUAUAAUAGUCCUUACAAAUACAUCCACAGUGAAGGCCCAAUUUCAAAUUUGACUUGAUCAGUGUAAUAAGAAGCAUUUGCCCAAUCUGAUAUCUAUCAUGUUAAAAUUGAGCAAAAUGUUCUAAUGCACCCUACGCGAAAAUGGGCAGCACAGCAGUUUGGGGCCAAAGACUAUUUCAGUCAUUACCCUUCACUGAAAAUAUUAGAUCCCCAUUUUCAGCACAGUUUCUGGUGAGAGGGAGAAGGAUUGGCAACUAAAUGCCCAAUUGGACCUAGGCUGUGGCUGGGCUUUGAGAAGCAGCAUUGGAGCCUAAAUCUUGGAAAUGGAGGUGAAUGGGAGACAUUUGUGUUGUUGAGCCUGGUGGUGAAAAGAUCAGGACCACCAGUGUGUUACUGGGGACGUGGGGCAUUGUGCGAUCUAGACUGGCAUUUCAGUGAUGGAAGUGGGGGAAGCAAUUGCAAAUAUAUAUAUUGUGGGGUAAGCUCUGGAAACUCUAUAAGGGCUCACAAAAGGAAGGGGGAUAUCAGGAUUGGGGCUGUAACUGGCAGAAUCAAUGAUAGGGAUGGGAAUUAGGAAUGAGCAAGCAUCGAUGUAGGGACGAUCAAGAUGUGGUGGAUCCAUUUUUGAGUCUCAGGUGAUAUCAGAUCAAGACCUGUCCUGGAAAUUGUUGAGUGAUGGGGGCUGAAAGUAAUAAGAUUACUGGUGUAUUGCAGGAGAUAGCUUCAUCAUUCAGCAACAUAAGUAAUUACCUCAGAUGGCAGGUGCUACACUGGAAGGACCAAGUUCUGGCAAUGCAUGUGACUGGUUCUUACAGGAUUACAUGCUCUAAGUUUCCUCAGAGUGCUCCAAAAAGAGCAUUACAAGGGGAAUGAUGUCAUCCCAUGCCCUCCUGAUUUAGAAAU